ACUCUAUUUUUUUUUCUUUUUCCGUUCCCUUCUUCCCCAUCCUAUUCCUAACCAGAGAAGUAAACGGCGGAAAUUAGGUCGAUUUCAGAUCCACCUUCCUCGCCCGAAAUUACAAGGUUCGUUAACGUAGGUGAGCUAGCGACAUGCCCCGGGGCAUCGUGGUGGAAGAGGAUUUGUGCCUGCUGGAGUUCGUGCAGUUUCUUUUGGACCACUACGAGCAAGAGCGUUUUCUGGAACAGAUAAGGAAUCAAACCCCCUGGAACUGGAAGUUCAUCGACUUCGAACGCCGUCAAAGGCGGCUGCUCCGUGGGCACACUAAGUGCGGAAGCUGCAUAGGGAAAGAAGAGGCCACGGUCACCAUCCGCUUUUUUCUGGGGUGCCGCAUCUUCUUGGAGGAGCAGGCCUUCUUUGGUGGGAUCAACUUCGACCCUCUGCUCACCAAUCUGUUUCUGUUCCCAGUCGCUGGUGUCGUCGCCAUCGCCUUGAGCGAAACCUGCACCGCGCCCCUCAACCGCAUCACUAUACUCUCUCAGCUCGGCAUGUUAGGAGGUGAAGGAGAAGAGGUCGUGAAAGACGGGAUUAGGAGGAGGAGGAGCAUGUCAGAGCAGGCUGCUCAGAUUGUUGAGCAAGAGGGCGGUCGCUAUGCAGCGCUUUGGAGGGGCAACUUGGUUUCAAUUGCUCAUCGUCUCAGUUUUUACAGCAUCAACAUCUUUGCCUAUCUUGGUUUCAGGGCGCUACUCAUGUGGAGUAGUGUGGCUAUGAAACCUGCGUCUUUGGCACUUGUGAGUGGAGGAUUGGCUGCAUUCACCGCCACCUCUGUUUCACAUCCUCUGGAUACCUUGACAACACGCAUAAUUGCACUACAGCCAAGUAAAAGUAAACGUCAGGAGAGAUCCCGAUAUGCUGGACUGUCGGCCUCAUUAUUGAGAAUCGUUCCAUCCAUGGCAAUUACUUUUACUGUAUAUGAAGGUCUCUCAUUUGCACUGAGUAGACUAAGGCCAAAUGGUUCUUUUUCUAUGACCGCCAUUGUUGGCGGCAGUAUUGCUGGCCUAGCUGCGUCGGCAGCAACAUAUCCCAUCGAUCUUGUGCAAAAGAGAAUGCAAUCAGAAGACGGCGGCCGAGAACGUGAGGGGAGGAGAAGGAGAGGAGUAUGGCAGAUGUUUGGCCAAAUCAUUGAGGAAGAAGGCGUUGAGGGAUUGUACAAAGGCAUUCGACCUCAUUGCUUCAAGACGGCUCUUGGUCUUGCAACUGCCCUCGUCACGUAUGAGAUUGUCAAAGUUCCUUCAUACAUUGCAUUAAGAAAACCCUUACUUUCCUUAGCAAUGAAAUAAUACAGAGCGUUUAUAAAAAAAAAUUCUCACUUAUUAGAUCCAUGCUAUCGUUUCAUUUUGUUUAUUUAAAACAUCUACUUUAUAAUUGAUUGAUAAUAUAUAUUGGUUUCAGA